UUGGAUCAAGUUUUCAAUGUCGUCCCCAUAACAUAACAUAACAUAAUAACAUAUCCUCCAAAUUUACGCAGUUGAUCCCGUGAGCUGCAUGAAUGUUUCUUGUCUUUUUGGUUCCACCUUAACGUCUAACGACCUCACAACUUCCUGCUUAUUUUUUGCCUAUAAAUAAACUCCCCUUGCUAUUAACACAUUCCCACCACCACCAUAACCCAUUCGAGAAGAGCCAAAUUAUAAAAAAUGGCUGCUCCUAUAACAAUGCUGAUUCUUUGUACAUCUUUUUUAUCCCUUAGUUUACUUUCUACUGCUUUCACUUCUCGAGAUUACGCUGAUGCUCUUGAAAAGUCUAUUCUUUUCUUUGAGGGACAGCGGUCGGGUCCGUUGCCGUCUAAUCAACGCCUCAAAUGGAGGGGUAACUCUGGUUUGUCCGACGGUGCUUCUUAUCACGUGGACCUUGUGGGUGGCUAUUAUGAUGCUGGAGAUAAUGUCAAGUUUGGCCUUCCAAUGGCCUUCACCACAACAAUGUUGGCAUGGAGUGUUAUUGAAUUUGGCGGUUCAAUGCACAGUCAGAUUGGGAAUGCAAAGACUGCCCUCCGAUGGGCCACGGAUUAUCUUCUAAAAGCAGCAACUGCUACCCCUGACAGUUUAUACGUUCAAGUGGGAGAUCCAAACAUGGACCACAAGUGCUGGGAGAGACCCGAAGACAUGGAUACCCCACGCAAUGUAUACAAGGUGUCUGCUCAAAAUCCAGGAUCCGAUGUAGCAGCCGAGACGGCUGCCGCAUUGGCUGCAGCUUCGAUAGUGUUUAAAGAUUCCGACCCUUCCUACUCUGCCAAGUUGCUUCAAACUGCCAAAAAUGUCUUCGAUUUCGCAGACAAGUACCGAGGGUCUUACAGUGACUCUCUGAAUUCUGUGGUCUGCCCAUUUUACUGCUCUUACUCUGGAUACCAAGAUGAGCUUCUUUGGGGAGCUUCAUGGAUGCAUCGAGCGACGCAGGACAGUUCGUACUUAUCAUACAUCCAAUCCAAUGGCCAUACCAUGGGAUCAGAUAAUGAUGAUUUCUCCUUCAGUUGGGAUGAUAAGAGAGCUGGGACAAAGGUCCUUCUUUCCAAGGACUUCUUGGAGAAAAGCACAUCAGAGUUUCAAUUAUACAAAUCACAUUCAGACAACUACAUCUGCUCCCUAAUUCCAGGAUCAUCAGGGUUCCAAGCCCAAUAUACACCAGGGGGCCUUCUCUACAAAGCUAGUGAAAGCAAUCUACAAUAUGUGACAACCACAACUUUCCUCCUCUUGACAUACGCCAAAUAUCUCAGUACAAACGGCGGAGUCGUCACAUGUGGGACUUCAACUGUAACAGCUGAGAGCCUCAUAGCACAAGCAAAAAAGCAGGUGGACUACAUCUUAGGCGAUAAUCCAGCCAAAAUGUCAUACAUGGUUGGGUUUGGAGAGAGAUAUCCACAACAUGUGCACCAUAGGGGUUCAUCGGUUCCAUCCAUUAAGGCGCAUCCUGAUCGUAUCAACUGUAACAAUGGGUUCCAAUACCUUUACGCUAACUCACCUAAUCCCAACGUCCUUGUUGGAGCCGUCAUAGGUGGACCUGAUAGUAAAGACAACUUUGCUGAUGAUCGUAACAAUUACCAACAAUCUGAGCCAGCUACUUAUAUUAAUGCACCCUUUGUGGGUGCUCUUGCUUUCUUCUCGGGGAAAGCUUAGAAGAGCAGUGAAUAUGAGGAAGAAGAGAAGCUGAUGUAGUAAAAAGAAUCGCUUCCAUUUCCAUAUUCAAGUUGUGACCCAUUUUUAUUAGUAGUAGUAAUAACUAGUUUUGAAUUAUGGUUUCCACUAUACCAAAUCGAAUUAUAUGUGAAGGGAAAAUUAUGACUUAAGAAAUUCUUGGAAUUGUAAGAAUACAUAUUCUGAAUGUUUCCUUGAA